GAAAAAAGUACCUCGUGACCUGUUGUGAUGCAAAUAAGCUGCCAAAACGAGAGAGCUAUCGGGAACUUUGUACAGCUCGUUCCUGUAAACAUGUGUUAGUUAUACUGGAGUGUAACAUGGCAGCGUUUCCAUUCAUUUAGGUUCAUCUCAGGACGAAUUAUUUUAACCUCCAGCAGUGAGAAGCGGGCGGUGUUUUGGAGAAGAACUUGUGGCACCAUGAGAAGGAAACUCGAAGACUCUCAUUCAGCUGUCAAUCAAAGCUCACAUCUGGCUUCACAUCACAUGAGCUGAUCGCUAAUCAGUUAAUAUUUCCCCACUGCACACAAUCACGCUCUCUCUCUCUCUAUCUCUCUCGCGCUCUCUCUCUCUCUCGUGCUCUCUCUCUCUCGCGCUCUCUCUCUCUCUCUCUCGCGCUCUCUCUCUCUCUGACGAUGUCGGGGGCGGACCUUCUGUCCCGCGUGAGCUCGGUGUUCCGCAGGGAGAGAACAGACUGGGACCUCAGCGACACGGCCGCCUUCGAUUUCUCUGAGGACCUGGCGGAGGACGAGAUGCCGAGGUUCAACAAGCUGAAGGUGGUGGUGUCGGCCGAGAUGGACGAGUACACGGGGUCGUCUCCGAACGGCGCCGCCGUCAGCACCUUCAUCAGGGACGGCCAGGACGACGACGACGACUCACUGCUCGGCUCCACCUCCGGGCUGGGGGCGGAGCCAUGUGAAAACUGUGCUAAGAGGAAGGAGGAUGUCAAGCGGCGCAGAGUGAUGAAGAAGCUGGCGAUGGCGGCGGUGCUUUAUUUCCUGUUCAUGAUCGGCGAACUCGUAGGUGGCUACAUGGCGAACAGUUUAGCCAUCAUGACAGACGCUCUGCACAUGCUGACUGAUCUGAUUGGGAUUGUGGUGUCCUUACUGGCACUGUGGCUCUCCGCCAAACCACCGACACACACCUUCAACUUCGGCCUGCACAGACUCGAGGUGAUGUCUGCAGGAAUCAGUGUGUUGUUGAUCUACAUACUGACCGGAGUGCUGCUGAACGAAGCGGUGCAGAGAACACUCCGUCCCGACUUCACUAUUGACGGAGACGUCAUGCUCAUCACCGCCGCCGUGGGCGUGGCCGUCAACCUCAUAAUGGGUUUUCUCCUCAACCAGUCAGGUCACCUCCACUCCCACUCUCAUUCUCACUCCCACUCCCACUCUGCUGGCCACGCCCAUUCUCAGAGGAGGGGUCAGGGACGGGGGCAGAGUCAGCACUCUCACGACAGCUUAGCGGUGCGAGCGGCGUUUAUUCAUGCGCUGGGUGACCUGGUGCAGAGCGUCGGGGUUCUCAUCGCCGCAUACAUCGUCAGGUUUAAGCCGGAGUAUAAGCUAGCUGAUCCUGUGUGUACAUACAUAUUUUCUGUGUUGGUGCUGGUCACCACGCUGCGCAUCAUCAGAGACACCGGCCUCAUCCUGCUGGAGGGCGUUCCCAGACACCUGAACAUGAGUGUGAUGAGGGAAGAUCUGUUAAAGCUGGAUGGUGUGGAGUCGGUGGAGGAGCUGAAGCUCUGGGCUUUAACCGCUGACCGAACUGUGGCUCUUGCACACCUUCAGCUUGCACCAGGCAGCAUGGGUAACUGGGAGGAAGUGCAGUCUAAAGCUCGUCACCUGUUGAUGAUGUCACACGGCGUGUCACACUGCACGGUGCAGCUGCAGAGCCACAAACACCGAGACACACACUCCUGCUCCAACUGUGUGUUAGCCAGUGCCUGAAAACAAACACCCACACACCAGGGCAUCUCUUUCCUAAACAGGUUGCUAUGCAACAGCGAAACACGCCAAAGCCAGAGCCAGUGUGUUUUCACUUUUAGUGAAUCGAUCAGGAGGCUGUUUUCAUUCAUUACUAUUAUUUUCUUUUUUUCCCCUUUUCUCACACACACACACACACACACACACACACACACACACACACACACACACCAGCAAAUAAAUAUCUGAGAAAUAAAUUCUUAACUCCA